AUGCGGGAAAAGUUCCACCAAAAAUCGAAAACGCCCUCGUCGAAACCCAAAACUAGAAGUCAAAGUAGAAAUAGGGAAUCUGAGCGUGCGAAGCGUCUACGCCGGCGUAUGAAACGCGGCAAAGAAAACUUCCGGCUGCCAAAGACCGAAUCCCAUCGUCAGCCGUCGAGCUGGCACCGUUGCGACGCGUGCGGCAAAAAGUUCAAGUCGGAGUCGAAACUCGCCGUGCACCAGUGCGGGAUCAAGUGCACGGCGAUCGAGAAAGCGUACGCUUGCAAAAAGUGCCCCAUGACGUUUCCCAUGCUCAAACUGUUAAAACAGCACCGGAAGGUCCACGCUCCGAACGAGUUCGUUGAAGUACACACGUUCCAUUUCGACGAUACGCAGGAAAUUUACAUCUGCAACACGUGCUCCGCCGAAUUCAAAGAGUUGCCGGAAGUGGAGCAACACACCAAGUCGCACACGGAGACUUUCGAAUGUUCGAUUUGCUCAAGGAAGUUCCAGACGUUGCUGCAACUGGGCACUCACCUCAAGAGCCACGACGACGACGGCCAGAUCUGUUGCCCGAUGUGCGAGCAGAAGUUCGCCAAACCGUCCCUCCUGGUCAAGCAUAUCGAUCAAAAACACCUGAAGAAGUACAUGCACUCUUGCGCCACGUGCGGCAAAGGGUUUCACAGCGUCACGCUGUGGCGGCAACACAUGAACGUCCACCUGGGACUCAAACCGUUCACUUGUAUAGUCUGCGACGCGAAAUUUACGUACUCCAAAUCGGUGGUGACGCACCAACUCAAGAUGCACCGUGUGGAGAUCUUGGGCAGGGACCACGGCACCGAGUGUAGUUUCUGUCGCAACAGGUUCUUGUCGAAAACGUCGCUCGAGAGACACAUCGAGCUGGUGCACACCGGGCCGCAAAAGCCCAAGGAGAUGAAGUACCUCUGCGAUACUUGCGGCAAGGCGUUCUCUUACAAAAACAAAAUGGUGGUGCACAUGAGGACGCAUACGGGUUACAAGCCGUACGCGUGCAAGUUCUGCGGCAAAAGGUUCUCAAAGAGCGGCGAGAAGAACUGCCACCAGAGGAUACACACCGGCGAGAGGCCGUACUCUUGCGAGUACUGCGGGAAAAGUUUCAGGCAGUCGGCGCCAUUUAAGGUGCACCUCAGGACUCAUACCGGCGAAAGGCCAUACGUCUGUGACUUGUGCACGAAAGGCUUUACUACGAACCAAGGUCUCAAGCUGCACAAGAAAAAUUGUGGCAAUCUCUCUGAGUUUAAGCGCACGAGGAAGACGAGAAGAACGGCCGUUUCGAAACUUCAAAUCCACCAUGAGCUCAACAUCAAAAAGGAAGAUUCGGACAGCGAUUCGGAGUACGUGAUAUUGGCUUCGAAGAGUCGCAGGAAUCGCAAAAACGCCCAGAGACGUCAGUACGUUUCGCACAAGAGUUGGCCGUGCAAAAAGUGUUCGGAAGUGUUCGCGACGUUUCGUCAAUUAAAAAUUCACCGCAAGACGCACGUCAGGGUCGAAACGUUCGAGAAGCACACUUACGCGUUCGCGCAAGACUUGUACGUGUGCAACACGUGUUCGGCCGAGUUCCAAGAGAAAAAUGAGGUCGAGGAUCACAUAAAAAACCACGAGAAUCAGUUCCGGUGCGCGAACUGCCACGAGAGUUUCAAGACCGCGUAUCAGUUGGGGUGUCACUCUUCGGCUCAUAAUGAGGACGGGAACGUAAACUGUCCGCUGUGUUCGUACAAGAGUGCGAAAAGAGGCGCUUUGCUCAUACACAUAAACUACGUCCACCUCAAAAAGUUCGCGUACUUUUGCGAGACGUGCGGUAAAGGUUUCAACGAUCACUUGAUCUAUAAAGAACACAACAACGAGCACUUGGGUGUGAAGCCUUUCGUCUGCGUCGUGUGUGACAAAAGCUUCACCUACACCAGGUACCUGAACACGCACCAAGUGAGAACGCACAGAGUGCCAAUCGACGGGCAACUUUUGCCCAAUCAAUGUCCGUACUGCAACAAGCAUUACAGCAAGCCGGAGAGUCUAGAGAAACAUCUGGACGAGACCCAUUUCAAAACUGGACCACACGAAAAGAAGCACCUGUGCGAUACGUGCGGCAAGGGUUUCGCCCAAAGGAGCAAGUUGAUCAUCCACGAGCGGGUGCAUACCGGGUUCAAGCCGUACGGGUGUAGCUACUGCGAGAAGAGCUUCACCAAAAAGGACUAUCUCGUGAUGCACGAACGGGUGCACAGCGGUGAAAAGCCGUACUCGUGCGGGUACUGCGGCAAGUGUUUCAGUCAGGCCGCACCUUUGAGGAUUCACCUGAGGAUUCACACGGGCGAGAAGCCCUACGUAUGCCACUUUUGUGGCAGCGGAUUCACGUCCAGGGGCGCACUGAACAUGCAUUACGAAGACGAAGACGUAUGGAUGAUAUGA